AUGGAGCAAGCACACAUCACUCAGAUGGUAAAGAAACUAAAUCCGGCAAGUUCUUCAGAAGACGAGAGGAGCAAAAAGCACUCAAGGAGCCGCAGGAGUUCAGAUACUGACUCAUCGGAUGAAUCUGAUGUUCGAGGACACCACUCAAGGUCGAGGAGUGACGACAAGGAAACCUCUAGGGGAAAGAGCAGCAGCAGAAGGCACUCGAAGCACGGUAAACGUAAAAGGAAGGACUCUCCGAGCCGAUCCCUUGGAGCCUCUGAGCACGAAAAAAGACAAAAGAAAGAAGAAACGUUAGGAACAAUGAGGUCUCAUGAAUGGGGUGACAGUUAUCUGAAGCCGUACGUGAUACCGGAGCCGGAGGUGACGGUUACGGAUCGGACAGCGGAGGACGAGUGCCUGAUCCUGGCCAGUUACGGGCUGUGGGACAUCGUCUCGGACCAGACCGCGUGCGGUGUGGCUCGGAUGUGCCUACAGAUCGUCCCUUAUAUCCAUGUCGUCGAAGCUCAAAAUCGGAUCAACGCCGUUGGAAUCGUCAUCGCCUUUCCCCCAAAUUGA